GUGAAGGAUGUGAGUGACAGUGAGAAAUACGCCGACCUCUUGGUGUUCGGCUAUGCCUGCAAACUCUUCCGAGACGACGAAAGGGCUGUUUACCACGAACAUGGAAAACAUCUUAUUCCAUGGAUGGGGGACAAGAGCAUCACGAUUGAUAGGUCGGUUGAACAAACUUAGAACCGAAACAUUAUGCUAACCAUCUGUGCUGUCCGUUAGCCUGUUUCACAAUGCAAGGGACCACUUGGAGUUUGUCUUGCAGAAGCUUGUGAACACCAGCAACUGGCGACGAUUGUGUUAUUUCUUGCCUGUUAACUUGUCCUUGGAUGUACCUGAAGUGAUGUGACAUGUUUUUUUUACGAAGUUUUUACUGUAACGUGCCAACAUGCAAACGCAUACCAGUGUUUUUAAUAGUAGCCUUGACUGGCUACUGAUACUCGUUGGUAUGGACACCAGCCCAAAGGUACUGUCAUCUAAAAUAAGUACAAUCGAUACAAAUGGGGUGGAGAUAGUCGAUUUAACUAUCAAUGCAAUUCGCCAUUACUUUGAGCUAAAUACACCUAUUUGCCAAAACUUUAAGACCAGGAGACAUGCAAUAAAUCCCCCUUCAUGGCCAUUCAACCGUAUUAACAUUUUGAGGGGUGUAGUUUGUGGUGCUGUUAAAGUGUACAAGAUUGUUUCUGUUACUCAGCCUCAACACACUGGCUAAAAUGGGGGUUGUCAAAAAUAAUAUGAACAGUUGCUCAUACGAUUCGUUACGACUGCAAACCACAGCCCCAAAAUUGAAAACACAGUUGAACCAGCAACUUUCUGAGGUAUUAGAAACCAGUGCUGAUUAUCGUUAAGAAGCUGAGAGCGGCCCUUAGUGCAGGACUCAUUUUCACCGUCUCUGCAUAAUGAACUGGCAAAUUAUUCUUUAAUUGGUGUAUUUCAAACCCAGUUUCUACUUUGGUUGGUUCUGAAAUAGGCUUUGCAUCUUGGCAUGUUAGGAGAAUUUCCUCUGGGAACUUCAACUCCAUGGACAGAGUUCUAAUCGAACAAUGUGGCUUUAAAAUGAUGUACGACACAGGAGAGUGUUUGUUCUUUCCGGCCCCUUUUCCCCCCCCGACACAUUCUUUCUCUAUGUGACAUGGGACUUUAAUAUUCUUUGAUAAAAUCCAGAGGCAAAUUCUGUCCAAGACUGAAGUUACUGUAGUUGAGGUGAUUCAAGAUUGACCGAUGAGAAACUCGUGUUCGACUAACAAAAGCUUGAAAGGUGCUUUUAGCCUUUCUGAUAAAGUUUCUGCAGCUGAAGGAGUUCCGCUGUUGCCUCCUUGCAGAAGCUGAACAGAGACCAAACUGCUCUGAACAGUGCAGGCGAUUUAAUUGAAUCACCCUGAACUGCAGCAACCCAACUUAUGUUUCAUUUGUACAGCCUUUGUAUGUGUGUCUUUAUUACAUAACCCAGUUUCUUCCCCAGCAAGGUAGGCUAAGGGGUCCUUCCAAACCCUGAAUGCCAACCUCGGCACCCCAUUUCUUUGCCUUCAUGGAGAAACUGCAACAGAGAGAUGGCGUAGAGGGACGAACCCUGGAAAAUGUCGUCCAUUUGGGUUCUUACGGAUAGAUACGAUGGCCGUGGUCACUUACAUGACCUUUCAGAGUAUGACAGCGGGUCAUGGAAUACAUCCUACCAGCUGUCCGAGGAGGAGGCCAGGAUUGAGGCGCUGUGCGAUGAGGAGCGGUACCUGGCCAUGCACACUGACCUGCUGGAGGAGGAGGCAAGACAAGAGGAGGAGUACAAACGUCUGAGUGAGGCGCUGGCUGACGAAGGCACUUACAACGCGGUGGCUUUCAAAUACAGCGCCGACUACUACGACCCCUCCCAGCCCACUGAAGAGGAAGACGCUAACAAGGCAGUCGAGGAGACGGAGCCUGAGGAGAACGAAGAGCCAUUUGUUGCUCCCGCAGGGCUGGAUAUCCCCCCUGAUGUGGAACUGCCGGCAACCGUCAAGACUCACAACAUUAUUGAGAGGACAGCCAACUUCGUGUGUCAGCAGGGGGCUCAGUUUGAGAUAGUGCUGAAAGCUAAGCAGGCCGGUAACUCCCAGUUUGACUUUCUUCGGUUUGACCAUUACCUGAACCCUUAUUACAAACACAUCCUGCGGGCCAUGAAGGAAGGUCGAUACAACCUCAGCGCUGCCAACAAGCAAGAACAGUCGCAGGAAUCUAAUUCCGAUGAUUCAGACGAUGAUGGAGAUGGCAACUACCUUCAUCCCAGCCUGUUUGCUCCUAAAAAGAGCUCUCGUCUGGAGGAGCUUAUGAAGCCUCUUCGGGUAAUGGACCCAGAUCAUCCGCUGGCAGAACUUGUACGAAAAGCCAAACAGGAAAGAAAUGGCACUGCAGCAGUAGCAACUAAACCAGAGGAACCUGCAUCCACUACACCGGCACAGUAUACUGCCGACCCCAACGCAGCUGCGAUGUACUACGGAUACUACAUGCUCCCAGAUGGAUCGUUCUGCUUAGCCCCGCCUCCCCCGGGCGUAGACGCCACCUCAUACUAUAACAGCAUGCCUGCGUCUCUCAUGGCGCCCCCCGCUUCCUCUGAGGCUUUGCCUCAAAUGGCGACAACGGCGACUCCAGCCGAAACCGUCACCGUGGCGACACCGGCUAUAGCGCCCUCUCAGGUCACCACCUCUGCUGCUCAAGUGUGUGUACCAAGUGUACCAGAAACCAGCUCCAAGGCCGAGGCGCCGGCUUCCACACCAGCAGCAGCAGCCAUCAUCCCCCCACCACCUGACAUCCAGCCAGUCAUAGACAAGCUGGCCGAGUACGUUGCAAGGAACGGUCUGAAGUUUGAGGCCAGCGUCCGUGCCAAGAAUGAUCCUCGGUUUGAAUUUCUGCAAUCUUGGAACCAGUACAACACCUACUAUGAGUUUAAGAAGAAUUACUACAUGCAAAAGGGAGGAAGAAGCUUUGCAGAGAGUGGGACAGUGGACGAUUGUGACGAGCUUCAGUCUGACAAGUCGGCCAUGGAUUCCAAGCUGACAAAAGCCUCGUUUGCCCCCAUCUGUUUUGCCAUCAAGGCAAAGGAAAAUGACAUGCUGCCACUGGAGAAGAACAGGGUUCGACUGGAUGAUGACUCGGACGAGGACAAGCUGUUAGAAGAGCAGGGGCUGGAAGCCGUGAUGGGGGGAGCUGAGACGGUGGACAGGGAGCCCUCUGCCACCAGCGCCCCAGAAGAGAAGAAACCCACCCUCAGUUUGGAAGAGUUGGAAGCAAAACAAGCCAAGCAGAAACUGGAGGAUCGUCUAGCAGCUGCAGCCAGGGAGAAGCUGGCCCAGGCAUCUAAGGAGUCCAAGGAGAAACAGCUACAGGCGGAGAGGAAAAGGAAGGCAGCACUCUUCCUACAGACCCUCCGCAACCCGCUCUCUGGAGAACCGGAUGCCAAAAGAGCCGAGCUGGAGUCGUGUUCCCAGUUUGAGCUGCAAGAGGCCCUUUCGGUUCUGUCCGAUCAGGCGCCUCCUCAAGCGUCCCCCGCACCGCCCGUGUAUCUUCAGGAUCAGAGGCUCACCGCGGAGAACCAGAACCAUGGGGCCCAUCGCAGCAGGGACGCCCCAUCCAGCUCGUCGUCCUCUCACGCUACCUCCAAGGGAGCGCACAGGGAUCGGGAUCGGGAUCGGGAUCGAGACAGAGACAGGGAUAGAGACAGAGACAGGGAUAGAGACAGAGACAGAGAUAGAGACAGAGACAGGGAUAGAGACAGAGACAGAGAUCGAGACAGACACAGAGACAGAGACAGGAACAAAGGUAGAGACAAAGAGAAAAAGAAGAAGAAACACAAGAGGCGGUCGAGAUCGAGGUCGAGAUCAAAAUCAAAAUCGAAGAGCAGAUACUCCCUUCCCAGUGCCUACAGGAGGUCCCACAGGAGCCGAUCCCGUUCCCACUCCCCAGGGAGAAGGGACAGGAGGGGGCCCUCAUCAGAAAGGAGGCGUGAGGAGAGAGAGCGGGAACGCCAUCAUCCCAGCAGCAGCUCCGGUUUGCCCAAGGGACAUUCACGAUCCAGGUCCCCUCCCGAACAAAGGAAGAGCUCCCUGGCAUCCUCAGGACAGAUUCAAACUGCAGCUUCAUCUUUCUCCCCGUACUCUUCGCCGAGAGUUUUGUCCCCGUCUGCGAGCCCCGCCUCCAGCCUGGGCCACUCAAGGGGGGCCUCUCAGGAGAAAGACAAGGCGGUGGCGUCAUCCAUAGUGUCUGCUGUUCAGUCCAAAAUAACUCAGGACCUGAUGGCCAAAGUGCGAGCCAUGCUUGCCACCUCCAAGACCUUCCACCCUCCCGAUUCCUAAAGAGGGCGCGAGGGUUCACUUUCUAGCCACAACAACAUCUGCCAGUCAGCGAGCGCUGCUCUCCGGUUUCCUGGAGAUUCUCCUGGCACGCAUCUGUUUCGCGCUCCCCGUGUUUAUCCACAAUUUAUGAUUUCAUUUUGACUUGAGCAUCUUGAUUUAAGAGGGGGAAGCACCAGGCUUCCCACCUGAGAAAACGGCUCAUCAGCGGGGAGAUUUAGAGAUUAUCAUUGCAGCUGAUACAGCGUGACUCGGUGCAGGGAGAAUAAAAUGUGGAAGUAAUCAUAUGUUAUUUUGCAUCCAGUUUUAAAAAUUCUUUUCUUUUGUGUUUUGACAUUCUUUGCAGCGUUGCCUAAAGCUGCUUGAAGUCUGUAUUCUCUCCUUCUAUGAAGGUUUUGAUCAUUUCUCUCACUGACUUUUCUCUGCUGCACAUCCCCCAGCUCUCUUUACUCCCACCUGAGAAGCAGUUUUAAUUUUUUUUUUUCUACUCUGUCCCUCAGCUCUAGUGUGUGGCCUUCUGUUUCUGUUCCCGGUUUGUAAUGGAUUUAAUGCAGAACAUCUUUGUAAUCUAAACUGUCAAUAAAAUCUCAGUUAUGAUUUA